AUGGAGUCUGUGGAUCACCCGCUCGAGGGUCCGAAAGUCGCCUCGAAACAUGAAACAAAGUUGUCCACGCUGUCGCCCGAGGCGCUUCGGGUGGCCGCCGAAAUCACACCCACGCGUCUUGCAAACUUGCUAAUACGCAAGGGCCCCUUGGCAAUUAGGCUCAUCACUGCUCAGUUGUCGGUGGAAGUUCCAGGCUUCGAGCUCCUCUCGUUGUCCAAACAACGGAGAUUGAUCAUGGCCGCCAUGGAACAGGAAGAUCCAACAAACAACGUGGUCUUCGAGAAAAUUGGCUGGGGCCAGUGGGCGGUGCGCAAGGUCGACUCGGACUACAUUGUCACCGAUAACGCCAGCGCGUACCCCCGUGUGAGUGUGCAAGAACUAAGAGAGAAGGCCAAGCUCGGAUGGCUGAAGAAGGCCGAGGCGGGCGCCGAGCACGUCGCUGCAGAUGCGCCGACCGCCACGACGCACGAAGCCAUAGAGCGGGUCUAUCACGAGCCCGUUCCGCACUCCUCGGCGACGCGUGUUCACAAACCCAGCAACAGGAGAGACUCGAUCACAAACACGAAGAGGAACUUGCACAACACAAAACUCCCCAACGAGAAACUCGACCACAGUCAUGGCAACGAGUUGGAUUCGGAGCUGGACUCUGAUCAAUCUGAUGACAACGAUGACAUGAUGGAAGACAUGGUCUCAUACGAUGCGUCUGUUCAGAGCGAUCCCGCCAAUCCAAGCAAUGCUGCUUUCCGAGCAAACUUGGCUCAUGCCCAUCGUUUGGCAGACAUAGAUGACAAUGCCAUUGCUGAAGAUUCGGAUGAAGACGACGACGACGACGAAGAAGAAGAGGACUCCCUAUUUAAGUUUGAUGACGACGAAAUGUCAUCUGGUGUAACCAAACAAAAGUUCAAGAGAUCCCCACCUCUAAAAUUUGCCAACAGAGUGCCUACUAAGUUCAGCCCUCCGCCUGCGCUUCUGGGUCCCAGACGCAAGCUGUCUUCUGCCACAGUUAACGCGGUGUCAAAGAACACAUCGUUUUCUAGCUCCACGAGACAAACAAUAUUCAGCCGCAGUCGCUUGAACUCACUCGAGAACCUUGAUAACUACAUUGUUUCUUCAGCGAGAAACUCGGCGGUUUCGCUUAGUUCGCCGGUGCCAGUGGCACAGACAAAUUCUGUCACCUCCAGUUCACCUCUAGGCUCAUGGAGCUCCAAGGCUGAACCACAUCCUGAGCUCUACCUUACCGCGGAUCAACUCACCGCGGCUUUCGGACGCAGAAAACUGUCAUUCAACGAGUCGAACAUUCGUUCCACGCUCUCAAACUCUCUUCCAAGAGGACACGCAGGAUUGAAGAACAAUGAAAAUGGCUCGCAAUCCAAUCUCGCAGCAUUGCUGGCAAAUGUCAAAAGCGAGCCAAGAAUGGCAGUCUCCCAUGAGGAUGUUGCCAGUGAGACCGACGAAGAGGACUGGGCAGCCAUGGGCGCCGAAACGCUAAGAAACCAUCUGACAGGACUGAGUAGUCCUGCUGAGAACGGCCUUAAAAAUGAAGAGAAAACCGCUGCCAGGGCAUUGGUUGAUUUGAUGGGGAAUUAG